AUGUGGAGCAGCAUCAACGCUCUGAAGCAGCAGGAGAUCUGGCUGUCCAAGGCGUCACGAAUGGGCCAGUCCGACUUCGUACGCCAGGUUGGCGGCCGGCGUUUGCCACAACUGGGGUCCGUGCACACCACUCCGGCCUUGGAGGGGGCAGAGGCGCGGCAGGUGCGCAACUUUGAGAGGCCGAUCACCAAGGCAAGGUGGAUGACGACGGAGCCAUUCUAUCUGUCUGUCCCGUCGGACAAGGUUGUGCCGACCACAGGGCAAUGGGUCAAGGUCAAGUCGAAGCUGCAAGCGGCGGCCAAGCUCGCCGCCAGCUCCACCGCGCUCAAGAGCCGAGUAGACGCCGACUCUCGCCUGGCAGCAACCGCGCUCUUUGGCGCUUUGCCAUCGCCACCUCGAGUCCUUGCGGACUGA